AUGGAAAGCCUUGUUGCCAUCUUUCUGAAGUCUCUCGCCCUCUACGUGACAACCCGAGUCGUCUGGCCCUGUUUCAGGCGCCUCGUCCUCAAGCAUCCCUUCGAUGCGCUUCCAGGACCUGAAAGUGACUCGUUCUUUACAGGCAAGUCCUUCAGUGUCGGUUUGGGGCCUGUAUUGGAACCUAAGAGCUCGUCUCCAGGGAAUUUUGAUGACUUCUUUGACAAGGAACACGGAUCGGCCUAUCACGAAGGAAUUAUUGCCAAGUACGGUUCGAUGAUGAGAAUACAUGGUACUCUUGGGGCCAGUUCAGUUCCUACACCGAAGCCUCUUCGCAUUCUGACCCAUUUCGUUCAGUCCAAAAUGCUGCUAGUGUCCGAUCCACAAGCAUUGCAUCAUAUCUUCGAUCAGGGUACCUUUCAACUGCCCAGAAAUUUCCAGAUUUCGAAUGGGCUAAUUUUCGGCAAUGGCUUGCUGGCCACCAUCGGGGACCAUCACAAGAAGCAACGAAAACUGGUCAAUCCUGCGUUCUCCACUGGGCAUCUACGGAACAUGGUUCCGAUCUUCAUCGGAGUAGCAAACAGACUUAGGGACACAUUGACAAGGGUUGCAACCAAGGGUCCCACUGAGGUUGAAUUCCUGCACUGGGUAACCCGGAGCGCUCUUGAAAUCAUCGGCCAGAGCAGCUUUGGAUACUCUUUCGACCAGCUCACUGAAGAUUACAAGGAACACCCCUACGCUAAGUCCGUCAAAAUGCUCACUACCGAACAGAUCAACAACAUCCUCUUGAUCAUUUUCGUUUUCCCCAUCGUAAGGCGAUGGAACCUAGGUGGGAAACGGCUUCAGCGUUUCUUCGCGGACAACCUUACUUUUGGUGCACCGCGAAGGCUGCGCGAUAUCAUCGACAUCAUGCACAGCACUUCAGUAGAGAUCUUCCAAUUGAAGCAGCGCGCAUUGGCAGAAGGCGACGAUGUUGUUUCAUCCCGAAUCGCAAAGGGCAGGGAUGUGCUCAGUAUCCUCAUGAGGGCCAACAUGGAGGCCGAUUCCGAGGAAGACAAGUUACCGAAUGACGAGCUUCUGGCCCAGAUAUCGACCUUCACAUUUGGUGCUAUGGACACGACUUCAGGGGUGCUCUCCCGCCUUUUCUAUAUGCUAGCCAAGAUCCAGGAUGCCCAGGAUCGAGUGAGAAAGGAAGUCCAAGAAGCCAAAGCAGAGCACGGAGACGGUAUAAGUUAUGAAGUCCUGACUGAACUUCCCUAUCUUGAUUCUUUGUGCAGGGAGACUCUCCGACUAUGGCCCUCUAUUCCGCUGCUAUCUCGAGAUGUUUCCCAAAGCACUACUCUUCCUCUCUCUAUCCCUGUCAUCGGGAAGAGCGGCGAAGCAAUAAAGGAGGUUGUCGUUCCCAAGGGUACAACUGUCUGGACAUCUCUUCUUGGUGCGAACCGGCUCCCAGAGAUAUGGGGACCCGAUGCUGCCGAAUGGAAACCUGAACGAUGGUUGUCCCCACUCCCCGAAACUGUCCUGAAGGCGAAGAUGCCGGGGAUCUACUCUCACCAGAUGACAUUCCUCGGUGGAGGAAGGGCGUGUCCAGGUUACAAGUUUGCUCAGCUUGAAAUGAGUGAGGAUUCAGACCUUUCUUUCAAACUGACCAGAAUCAUCGCUGAUUCCAUUGCAUUUGCAGAAGCCAUUGUUUACACUCUCAUUCCCGUACUAAGAUUUACGCUAAUUGAGGGCAAAGACAUCAAAUGGACCUCCAAUGGUAUCCCCAUGCCCACCACCGAUCUCACGAAGGCGCAGCUGGAACUCCCACUCCUCGUCGAGAGACUCGCUUAG